ACGUAACUCGCCCGUGAGGCCAGAGAUAUUAGCCGCACAGCAGCGAGAGGCUGCUUCACAGCAACAUGAAAGGAGCCUGCAUCAUCAUGGACGAAGCGCCCAAGACACUGCUGGCCAAGGCGCUUUAUGACAACCGCCCUGACUGCUGCGAUGAGCUGGCCUUCUGCCGAGGGGACAUCCUGACCAUUCUGGAGCAAAAUGUGCCGGAAAGCCAGGGCUGGUGGAGGUGUGUGCUCCACGGGAGGCAAGGCCUGGCCCCGGCCAACCGCCUGCAAGUCCUCCAGGAGGCCCCCGCAGACAGGCCCUGUCCCCCUUUCCCGAGAGGCCUGGAAGAUGCUCUCACCAGCUCCAAGGAGACCUACCAGGCGCCCACCCUGCUCGGCCCCCCACCUCCAAGCCCCGUGUACGAGCACAUGAAGAGCUGGGUGGAGGGAACGUCGUCACCCGUGGUCCAAGUCUACGAACUACCGGCACUACCCACCCCCGCCAGAGUCGUCUUCGACACGACGCGAAGCUUUCCAAAACAGGCCGUCUUCUCGAUGCCCAGACCUGCGCAGGCCUCCUCGCCAGCUCUGUACGACGUGCCUGUCCAGAGCCACUGCCCCCCAGCCCCGAAGGAACCGGAGAAGCAGCAGUUAUACGACGUACCCGCCAGCCCCCAGAAGGCAGGACGCGGGCCCCAGGCCAGCCAGCCCAGUAGGCUGAGUGUCCCCGUGACAUCAACAGUCACCUUCAGGAGAGCCUGCUUCAAGACAUUACCGAACCCUCAGAAAUCAGAAUGGAUUUAUGACACCCCUGCGUCUCCCAAAAAAGCCAAUGUGAGCAAUGGAUCUCUAACGAGCUUGGCGGACAAGUCUGGGCCCCAUGCUUUCCCCAGACCAAUGCCUGGUUUCCCCUGUCCUCUGAAGAGCAGAGCAAGGUCCCUCGCGCCACACCUGGGUGAAAAUGUGCCCACGCAGAAGGAGCUCAGCCUUCCAGAAACCCCUGCUUACUGCGUGCCAGAGCCCAGGGACACCCCCCGCUCAGAGGAUGGUGUCGGGUACAGGGUUCCCUCGAGCUUUCUGACUCCCCGAGUGGAGCAGCAGAACACCAAGCCAAACAUUUACGACAUCCCUAAAGCCAAGCCAAGUGCCCCUGAGGCUGCCAAAGAGCUGAAGAAACCUGGUGGGGCGCCUGAGAAUGUCGGGGACUACAGCUGCCCCUGGUCCCCCAUGCAGGCCACGUGGCUCUGCCCCGAGCCGGACGGGUUAUCCAUUAACAGCUCCGACAGCAGGGUCAGCGUCGUGUCUUCAUGCUCCUCCACAUCCACCGAUUCUUCGUCUAGCUCCUUCUGCGAGGAGUCGGCGAAAGAGCUGUCCUUGGACCUGGACUUGGCCAAGGGGACGGUGACGGCUCUCCAGCACAAGGUGGCCAGCUCGGUGGCGGGCCUGAUGCUCUUUGUGAGCAGGACGUGGCGGCUCCGAGACCACCUGGAGGCCCACAUCGACGCGAUCCACAGGGCUGCCGACCACAUCGAAGAGUCAUUGAGAGAAUUCCUGGAUUUUGCCCACGGCGUCUGUGGGGCUGCCUGUCACCUCACCGACAGUAACCUUCAGGCCAAAAUCAGGAAUCAGCUCCAGACAAUAUGCAACUCCUACCAGAUCCUGCUAGAAACCAAGGAGAGCCUGGAUGGCUGCCAUUGGUCCCUGGAAGUCCUUGUGACGGACAAAGUCCAAAACAGCCUGGAUGACCUCGAGAGGUUUGUCAUGGUGGCGCGGAUGGUGCCAGAAGACAUCAAGAGGUUUGCCUCCAUUGUCAUUGCCAACGGGAGGCUCCUUUUCAAGCAGAAUUAUGAAAAAGAAGAGACCGUGCCGUUGACCCCCAGCACAGGAUCUAAGCUUGCAAAAUGCAUCCAGCUUCCGCAGAGGGAAAUGGAAUCACAUCAAAGGAGUGCUCCUUUCACUAAACAAAGGGAAGGCGACCUCUCCCCUGAACUGCUGAAGAAAAACUGGACAAAUACCCGUGAAAAGAAUACCAGUCACCCUGUGCCCGGACCCCUGGGUGCGCAGGACCCCAAGAGGAAGGUCCACCUGUCGGAGCACUGCCGCCUCUACUUCGGGGCGCUCUUCAAAGCCAUCGGCGUCUUCCGCAGCAGCCUCAGCUGCAGCCAGCCCCCGGAGAUCUUCAUCGCACAGAGCAAGCUGGCCAUCAUGAUCGGACAGAAGCUGGUGGACACGCUGUGCCAUGAGACCCAGGACCAGGACGUGCGCAAUGAGAUCCUCCGCGGCAGCAGCCACCUCUGCAGCCUGCUUAAGAACCUGGCCCUGGCCACCAAGCAUGCCGUGCUCAAGUUCCCGAGCCCUGCGGCCCUGGAGCAGCUCCAGGCCGAGGCUGAGAAGCUGGAGCAGCAUACACGGCAAUUCAGAGGGAUGCUGGGAUGA